GUGUCUCCAGUGAUUGCAGAAGACAAUGUCCACGGAAAUAUCCUGUGCCAUGAGGAGGACUUCAGACAGAGCAGUGCGUACAGCCUAUAGGUUCAGCUCUGUACUCUGAGAGCAGUACAUCCAACCCGCAGCGCCGACAGAUCCGUAAAGAUGUUCCUGUACAUAGUUGGACUGGUGGCCCUGUUCCUGAUCUACCGCUGGCUGAAGGAGCUGAAAAGAGUGCCAAACAAAGGAGACAAAUAUGUGUACAUCACGGGCUGCGACAGUGGCUUUGGGAACCGCCUGGCUCAUCACCUGGACACUCUGGGAUACUGCAUUAUUGCUGGCUGCUACACUGAAAAGGGAGAGGAUGAGCUGAGGAAGACCACCUCCGACCGGCUGACCACGCUCCACGUGGACGUCACUGACACUGCAAGCGUCGCCAAGGCAGCAGAGAUGAUCAAGACUCUGGUGGGAAAUAAGGGACUGUGGGCUUUGGUGAACAACGCGGGUAUCUCUGUUCCAUCAGCACCCACUGAUUGGCUCACCAUAGAGGACUACAGGGGCAUGCUGGCUGUCAACCUGGACGGGGUCAUUAGUGCCACUCUGAGCGUCCUCCCACUUAUAAAGAAGGCCAGAGGUCGAGUGGUGAAUGUGGCCAGUGUCUUCGGGCGCAUUAGUCCAUUUGGGGGUCCCUACUGCAUCUCCAAAUAUGGAGUGGAGGCUUUCAAUGACAGUCUAAGAAUAAACAUGGCGCCAUUUGGGGUCAAGGUGUGCUGUCUUGAACCAGGAUUCUUCCAAACUAAUGUGACAAACACAGAACUGAUCCAAAGUAACUUAAAGAUGCUUUGGGACAGAGUACCUCAAGAUGUUAAGGAUGACUACGGACAUGAUUUCUGCGAUAAAAUGGUUGCAGAAAUGAAGGUUCGAUUUUCUCAGCUCACUGACGGAGAUCUGAUGAAAGUGGUUAACUGUAUGGAGCACGCCAUCUCAGCUGUCUAUCCCCGAAAGCGCUACUCUCCAGGAUAUGAUGCCAAGCUGGUGUGGCUGCCUCUGUCCUACAUGCCUACCUGGCUGGCAGACUGGUGGUUCCACAGAAAUGGCAUCAGGCUCAAAAUCCAGUCAGCACAAUAAAACAUGUCAAAUGAUAAUUUACAACAAAAAACAUGCUAAUUAUGGCAUACUUGCUUGCCAUACUUAUUCCUCAACAAAGAAUUUCUGAGCAUGCCUUAACCUCUGUUUCCCUCACUGCAAGAGUGGACAUGUUUACUGCCGCCGCAUAUACAAAGCCUGAUGACAUUUAUUCCCACUCUCAUAAAAAUUCUCCAAAAUGUGUAAUAGUUUGUUGCUCCUUUCUCCUGCUGAUUAAAUUUAUGAUAGGUAUUGUCUAGAAAUUCUUCGGUUUAUGUUGAUUUAAUUGGUUGUGGUUAAGUUUGUUUCACCAAAAGAUUGAAUAGACUGUGUGAAAUAACUUUGAGUAUCAGUAACAAAAUCUUAUUACAUUUUCUCCAAGUAGUUUUCUGAAGACAAUAGUACUGUGAACUGCAAUUUUUAUAGCCCUGUUUGCGGGAUCAAACAUUUAUAAUAAUGCGUUACAAUAAAACAUAUUAUCAAACCUCCAUCG